AUGGAGGCGCCCACGUCCCGGGGUCCGGAACGUGGGGGCCGACAGGAUUUCCAGAGGGGGGCCCACUCCAGGACGAGUGGGUACGUGGCUGUAGGAGUGCCUCUGCUGAAUUCUGGCUCCAGUGGCUCCAGUAAGAACUCCAGCUCUGACAACGUGGCUGUAGGAGUGCCUCUGCUGAAUUCUGGCUCCAGUGGCUCCAGUAAGAACUCCAGCUCUGACAACGUGGCUGUAGUGCCUCUGCUGAAUUCUGUUCUCGUGGGAAAACUGCAGAAAGACGAGCACCGGAACUCCCAAGACUCAGCCAUUGGCUCCAAUGGCUCCAGUAAGAACUCCAGCUCUGACAACGUGGGAGGAGUAGAAGUGCCUCUGCUGAAUUCUGUUCCUGUGGAGCACCCAAGCGUGAACAAGCACCCUGUCAACGCCAGUCCUGACGGAAGCUCUGAAAAACUGCAGAAAGACGAGGACCAGAACUCCCAGGACUCAGCCCUUGGCUCCAAUGGCUCCAGUAAGAACUCCAGCUCUGACAACGUGACUGUAGAAGUGCCUCUGCUGAAUUCUGAUGAAGAGAGAUGA